CCUGGAGAGACCUUUUUGCAUCAUUCUCAAGAUACACAACUGAGAUAACUCAUCAUGAAGUCUCAUGUAAUAUUCGCAUACUUUCUCCAACAUAUCGCCGCACAAACAAUCUCAACAAGCUGGAUCUGCGAGGCCGGGUCCGAUAUCACUUCGUUUCCUGCUUGCAAUGGGUUCCUCAAUUCCGGAAAUGCUUGCGCGACUGUACUGGAUCGCCCUGGAAAACAGAAAUGCCUUUGCAACCAAGAAUACCUCGACUCUCUAUACGACUGUGAAAAUGAGUUAAAGCUCUGCUAUCGAGGCAAUUACUAUCAAGACUCAUUCGAUAGAGGCAUAGAGCUUUGGGAAAGUCUUUGCCGCAGCUACGUGACAUUUUCCCCGACGACGCCCUCAGCACAAGCGUACACUGCUUAUCCAGAGCAACUCUGUGUCGAUGUUGACAAGGCUUGUCAAUCGGCGAGGAAUAUACUUAGUGAUUGCUCACCGUAUGUUUCGGAUACAGAUACGUCGAGGUUGAGCUCUUGCGAGUGCCAGCCUAGGUUACUUCGCCAGGCUUACACUUGUCAGUAUAUUGGGAACGCCUCGUGUCUUGCUACAGAAGCUGCGACGACGAAUGCGUAUGGGUAUGGGAUCUGUGACAACUUUGGGUCUGUUAUCGGGGCGGAGCAGUCGGCGAAAGACGAACCUGCGCAGACUAAUGCUGAGGACCUACCAACUCUGUCGGCCUCGACACGCGCGACAUUGACCGUAACAGCAUCGCAAACUUCUACUCAGACCUCAAGCAUCAGUAGCAAAGUUGCACCUAGUGUAUUUCUCAUCCUGAGCAUUAUGGCACUUGUUGUAGUACGGUAGUCUAUUCAAUUUACCUGCUCUUGUUGGCAAUUCAGAUAUGC